GCGCAAAAAAAAACAGCAGCGGCGGCCGUUGGGGAAGAGAGUAAAUAGAGAGAGAAGCCUCAAGAUGGCUGACUCGCUGUGCUCCGCUUACCUCACCGGAGCUGCUACUGCGGUAGCCCCGGCGGUCGCCUCCGCCAAAAGCCCUCUGGUCAAGCCGACCGAGGCAAAGGGAGCCCCUGACAACCGCCUUCAGUCUUCCCGGGAUUUCAACCCGCCGCUGCCCAAGAAGGUCCGGCUGGAGGAGAGGAGCGUUAAACCCAAGAAACUCAGCCGGGAAGCAGGAGUGGGAGGCAACGGCAGAGAGAAACUCCAGCAGCCCAAUAAGCAGCAGAUUUAUGGGGCGGGCUUGUGGAGCUUCAGCCCGGUUAAGACGAGUAGCAACAACCCUUCGGUGCCUGCUACCAGUGGGCACCAGCUACCGACAAACACGCAGAAAGUCUUUAAACAGAGCGACUUCUUCCUCCACAAAGCGCCUUCCUCCUCCAAACACAAAAACCCCAGUAAAGAUAAACAGCGCGAGAAAGAGAGGGAGAAGGGGGCAGGAGGCGGAGAGGAGAAGAAGAGAACUAAAGUACUGGUGACCUCCGGACCCGGGGAUAAUGUUAAUAAUAACAACAACAACGAAAUCAGCAGAAUUAACACCACUUCUGCUGUGAAACGAGAAAAUGGGGAGGUCAUGUUGGCACCCGAAGAGCACUCCAACAAGGACAAGGCAAAAGAGAGAGACCGAGAGGAGAGGGAGAAGAAGAAGGUCAAAGACCGAGAGAGGGAGAAGAAGAAGAAGCACAAAGUGAUCAACGAACUCAAGAUGGAGAACGGAGAAGUCAAGCCGCCCAUCAAAGAUGACAAAGAGAAGGCCAAGAUCAACCCAGAGGACCUGCAGAUCAGAAAAGUGAAGAAGAAAAAGAAGAAGAAACAUAAAGAGGGGGAGAAGCACAAACGAGUGAAGAUGUACCACCGCUCCUGCCAAACCAUUUGUGCCGGCCUGUUUCUCCUCCCUUCGUCUUCCCCACCUCCCAACUCCUCUCCCUCAUCCUCUGAUGUCACUCCGAACUCCUCCCUGUCUCCAUUUAAGCCCCCCCUACCUGUUUACCCUCCACCCAACAACAAAACUGCACAUCUCGUACCUUCCUCUCCUCAUCUCACCCCCAAAUCUCUCUUAAACUGCGCCCUCCUCGACUCCCUCAACUCUCCGUCAAAGGCCCCGACCCAACCCCAGCAUCAGUGCAGCUAUCCCGGCAUGGCGGGCUUGGAGUUUGCCCCGUACAUCCACAUAGAGAAGCAGCCGAACGGGGGGGCCCUGGUGGCCCACGCCUACACCUCCCAGCUCUCCUCCCUCUCCCCGGGCCAGAUGCAGAGGUUCGCCCAGGAGUUUGUCACCCUGUCUUUCAGCGAGGACUCAUCGCAGGCAGCUCAUUACGUCAUGGGGAUCGUCCAUGGAGAAGCCAGCUACCUGCCGGACUUCUUGGACUACUUCUCAAGCAAGUUCCCAACCGCUCCAGUCAAAAUGGAAAUACUGGGAAAGAAGGACAUAGAAACCACCACCAUGGUUAAUUUCUACUCUCAGGUGAAGAAAACGUACAGUAAUGGCACAUACCGAGCCGGAGCAAUGAGACAGAUCAGCCUGGUGGGAGCCGUGGACGAGGAGGUCGGGAAUUAUUUCCCAGAAUUCCUCGGCAUGCUAGAGGAGUCGCCCUUCCUGAAGAGGACUCUUCCGUGGGGAACGUUCUCCAGCCUGAGGAGCAUGGAUCCCACCGAGAGCGACGACGGGCCCAUCAUGUGGGUCAGACCCGGGGAACAGAUGAUACCUGUAGCUGACAUACCAAAGUCUCCUUUUAAAAGAAAACGCUCCACCAACGAGGUGAAGAACCUGCUGCAGUCUCUGCCGAGGACCAGCGAGCCCAGAGAGUUGCUGUUCGAGGACCGGACCCGAGCCCACGCUGAUCACAUCGGGCAGGGCUUCGAGCGACAGACCACGGCAGCAGUGGGGGUGCUGAAGGCCGUGCGGGCAGGAGGAAGCUCGGAGCCUCCUCGUGUAACCAAAGACGUCGUGUGUUUCCACGCUGGAGAUUUCCCUCAAGUAGUUCAGAGGCUGCAGCUGGACCUCUACGAGCCUCCGCUGUCUCAGUGUGUGCAGUGGGUGGAUGAUGCCAAACUGAACCAGCUGCGCAGGGAGGGUAUCCACUACGCCCGCAUCCACCUGAGCCACAACGACAUCUACUUCAUCCCCCGCAACGUGGUGCAUCAGUUCAAGACCGUGUCGUCCGUCUGCAGCCUGGCAUGGCACGUACGCUUAAGGAAAUACCACCAGGGAGCAGGAGAGGAAGAGGAGGAGGAAGAAGAGGAGGAAGAAGAGGAGGAGGUGAUAGUGAAAGUAGAGGAGGAGCAGGUUGAGCCGAGGGAGAAGGAGAGGAAAAAAGUGGAGGAAAAAGAGGAGAGGAGGAAAAAAAAGAGUGAGAAAGGAGUGAAGGUGAAGAUAAAGAAGGAGGAAGAGGCGGCUGAUGGGUUGGAAAACAGAGCGCUGCCAGCUGUGAGAAAACAGGAAGUGGCUCAUCACCCCGCCCCCCUGCUGGACUCCAACAUGAACAAAGGGCUGGAGAAGGAGAGGGGGAAAGAAGGAGGGAAACUCAAACGGCAGGACUCACCUCCUGGAAGGGUGAGAGCAGACCUUCCAGUGCUUCCUCUCUGCAAGAACAACUCACCUUCAUCUCACCCUCCUCAUCAGGACACCAAACCCAAAGCAGCAUCAUCGAAGCACCUUCAUCACCACCCUCACCAUCAUCCCUCAGACAGCAGAGGCACGUCUUCCACUCCAAAGCCUUCAGCUCCUCAAUCCCCCAUCUCCAAGUCUUCCUCCUGUUCAUCAGCUGUUACUCCUUCACACUCCUCCUCUCCCUCUCCUGCUCUCUCCUCCUCUUCCUCACCCCUGACUCCCAGACCUGCAGCCGUCUUCUCCAAACGUCCUCCCCCCGGCGUCUCCUCCACCCCCCGACUGUCCUCUCAGUCGGACAGGACAAAGACUGAUGUGGCAUCAGAGCCCGGGAGGCGGGUGCAGCCGGGGGUCCGAGCCUCGCACGGCCCCCCCGCUGUGCACUCACACUCCUCCAGAGGGGACACACACCCAGCCCCUCGAGACUCCCGCACACACCCCAUGCAGGAGAGAUGGCCUCACAGUGCGGACUCUAGACUGUCUUCUGAUCCUCACAUGCACCCGCAGCAGUACACCCACCAGCACCUCCACCCUCCUCCCCUCUCCCACAUGCUCCCCCCGUCUUUCUCCCCUCUCCUCCCACCCUCACAUCUCCCUCACAGAGGAGUCCGCCUCCCCCCGAAUCCGCUCUCACAGCCGCUGAACUCGUAUCAGAAAGCUCCGCCUCACAUGAGCCGCCUCCACCUGCCCCCC